CAAUAGACCUACGACCUUCCUUCAUUCCUUCUGCACUGCGCUGCAUUGCAUUGCAUUGGAGUGAUGGAUCGAGAAAUGUUUUGGCUAACGUAUGCUCUUGUUUUUCUCGGAUGCCUUGGCCUGCCUCGGGCUGAUGCUGCCGUUGUCGAGCACACAUUCUCUGUGGGCAACCUGACGAUCGAUCGGCUGGGGCAGCGUCAGGUAAUCACGGCGGUGAACGGGCAAUUCCCGGGGCCCAUGGUGGAGGCUCGCGACGGCGACGCCGUCGUGGUGCACGUCGUCAACUACUCCCCCUACAACAUCACCAUCCACUGGCAUGGCGUCCUCCAGCGCCUCUCCGGCUGGGCCGACGGCCCCAGCAUGGUGUCGCAGUGCCCCAUCCGCCCAGGCGGCGCCACCUACACCUACCGCUUCAACGUCACCGGUCAGGAAGGCACGCUCUGGUGGCAUGCCCACGUCUCCUUCCUCCGUGCCACGGUCUACGGCGCGCUCCUCGUCCGCCCUGGCCCCGACAGACCCCGCUACCCCUUCCCCACGCCUUACGGCGAGGCUACUCUCCUCCUCGGCGAGUGGUGGAACGCCAGCGUCGUCGACGUCGAGAGGCAGGCCAUGCUCACCGGCGGCCCGCCCAACAACUCCGUCGCGCUCACCAUCAACGGCAUGCCCAGUGGCUACGAGCUGGCCGUGCGGCACGGCAAGACCUACUUGCUCCGCCUCGUCAACGCUGCGCUCAGUUACCAGCUCUUCUUCAAGGUCGCGGGCCACGCUUUCACGGUCGUUGCCGCAGACGCCUGCUACACCGACCCUUACGACACGGACAUCGUCGUCCUCGCUCCGGGUCAGACGGUGGACGCUCUGAUGCACGCCAACGCCUCCCCGGGCCGCUACUACAUGGCCGCCCAGGUGUUCCAGAGCGUGGCCAACGCCACCUACACCACCACCACCACCACCACAGGGCUCCUCCGUUACGAGCACGGUGCAGCAAAAGCAGGUGGUAUGAGUAUGAUCAUGAUGCCGAGCAUGCCGGCGUUCAAAGACAGCGCGACGGCUCAGGACUUCUACGGCAGCCUGACCGGACUGCUGCGAGACGGCAAGCCAACGGUUCCCCUGCACGUGGACACGCGGAUGCUGGUCACCUACGGGCUGGGCAUCGCGCCGUGCAUGCCAACGCAGACGCUGUGCAACCGGACGCGCGGCUCCGUGGCGGCCAGCAUGAACAACGUGUCCUUCCAGCUCCCCAAGGCCAUGUCGUUGCUGGAGGCGCGCAUGAGGGGCAACGUCGACGGGGUCUACACCCGCGACUUCCCCGACAGGCCGCCGGUGAUGUUCGACUUCACCAACGGCUCCUUGAGCACCAACAGGAGCGUGAUGCUGACGUCCAAGGGCACCAGGGUGAAGAGGCUGCGGUUCAACACUACGGUGCAAGUGGUCCUGCAGAACACAGCCAUCCUGGGGUCGGAGAACCACCCGCUGCACCUGCACGGCUUCAACUUCUACGUGCUCGCGCAGGGCGCCGGCAACUUCAACGCGCGCACCGCCGUGCGCUCCUACAACCUCGUCAAUCCACAGCAGCGCAACACCGUCGCCGUGCCAGCCGGUGGGUGGGCGGUCAUCCGCUUCACGGCAGACAACCCAGGUGUAUGGGUCAUGCAUUGCCACUUGGACGCUCAUUUGCCUUUCGGGCUGGCUAUGGCGUUUGAGGUGGACGACGGCCCGACCCCGGACACCGUUCUUCCUCCCCCGCCGCCGGACUACCCCGAGUGUUAGAACAUUGACCAUUCAUGUCUAGCCAACACCAGAUUCUCCUUCACUCUGCUGUUUAUUAUCCUUAUGGGGCUGUUUGAAAUGGGUGUAAAAUUAGUGUAGUCACCAAUAUUUGGUUCAAAGCAGUCAAGCUAAAUACAGGUGGCCAUGCUAAUUAUGCAACCAUUCCAAGCGGGGCACAACAUUUCUUACUCGAUUCCUAAGGUAACGUAUUUAUAGUAAAGACCAAAUAAAG